AUGGCCAAACCGCUGAGCGACCAGGAGCGCCGGAAGCAGAUCUCCGUGCGGGGACUGGCCGGGGUGGAGAAUGUCGCCGACCUGAAAACCAAUUUCAACCGACACCUUCAUUUCACCCUGGUGAAGGACCGGAACGUAGCGACCAAACGGGACUAUUACUUCGCCCUGGCCAACACGGUCCGGGACCACCUGGUGGGCCGCUGGAUCCGGACGCAGCAGCACUACUACGAGAAGGACCCGAAGCGGGUCUACUACCUCUCCCUGGAGUUCUACAUGGGACGCACUCUGCAGAACACCAUGGUGAACCUGGGCCUGGAGAGCGCCUGUGAUGAGGCCAUCUACCAGUUGGGGCUGGACAUGGAGGAGCUGCAGGACAUUGAGGAAGAUGCAGGGCUGGGGAACGGAGGACUGGGCCGCCUUGCUGCCUGUUUCCUGGACUCCAUGGCCUCUCUGGGUCUGGCCGCCUACGGUUACGGCAUUCGCUACGAGUUUGGCAUUUUCAAUCAGAAGGUGGUCAACGGCUGGCAGGUGGAAGAGGCUGAUGAUUGGCUGCGCUACGGUAACCCGUGGGAGAAGGCGCGCCCCGAGUACAUGCGGCCCGUCCACUUCUAUGGCCGGGUCCAGCACACGGCCGAAGGAGUCAAAUGGGUCGACACGCAGGUGGUUCUGGCUCUUCCGUAUGACACCCCUGUUCCUGGAUACCGAAACAACAUCGUGAACACCAUGAGGCUGUGGUCUGCCAAGGCCCCCUGUGACUUCAACCUCAAAGACUUUAACGUUGGAGGCUACAUCCAAGCUGUGCUGGACAGGAACCUGGCGGAGAACAUCUCCAGAGUUCUGUACCCCAACGACAACUUCUUUGAGGGGAAGGAGCUGCGGCUGAAGCAGGAGUACUUUGUCGUGGCAGCAACUCUUCAAGACAUCAUUCGCCGGUUCAAAGCCUCCAAGUUCGGCUCCACAGAGUUUGUGAGGAUCGAUCUCUCUACUCUGCCAGACAAGGUGGCCAUCCAGCUAAACGACACCCACCCUGCUCUGGCCAUUCCUGAGCUGAUGAGGAUCCUGGUGGACGUGGAGAAGCUCUCAUGGGAGAAGGCUUGGGACAUCGUGAUCCGUACGUGUGCCUACACCAACCACACCGUCCUGCCGGAGGCGCUGGAGCGCUGGCCCGUCGACCUGUUUCAGAACCUGCUGCCCAGACACCUGGAGAUCAUCUAUGAGAUCAACAGGAGGCACAUGGAGCGCAUCACUCAGCUCUACCCCGGAGACGUUGACCGCAUGCGCAGAAUGUCCCUGAUCGAGGAAGGGGACGUCAAGAAAAUCAACAUGGCCCACCUGUGCAUCGUGGGGUCUCACGCCGUCAACGGGGUGGCCCGCAUCCACUCUGACAUCAUCAAAAGCACCGUAUUCAAGGAUUUCUAUGAAAUGGAUCCGCACAAGUUCCAGAACAAGACCAACGGGAUCACCCCCCGGCGCUGGCUGGUCAUGUGUAACCCGGGGCUCGCCGACGUCAUCGCUGAGAGGAUCGGAGAGGAUUACAUCCGGGACCUGGACCAACUGAAGAAGCUGCUGGACUUUGUAGACGACGAGGCGCUCAUCCGAGAUGUCGCUAAAGUCAAACAGGAGAACAAGCUGAAGUUUGCCGCCCACCUGGAGGAACACUACAAGGUGAAGAUCAACAGUGACUCCAUGUUUGACAUCCAUGUGAAGAGGAUCCACGAAUACAAACGGCAGCUGCUCAACUGCCUGCACAUCAUCACUCUGUACAACCGCAUCAAGAAGGAGCCCAACAAGAAAUGGACCCCAAGGACCAUCAUGAUUGGAGGGAAAGCAGCUCCAGGCUACCACACGGCCAAGAUGAUCAUCAAACUCAUCACAUCCAUCGGUGACGUGGUCAACAACGAUCCGGUCGUGGGAGACCGGCUGAAGGUCAUUUUCCUGGAGAACUACCGAGUGACUCUGGCUGAAAAGGUCAUCCCUGCGGCCGACCUGUCGGAGCAGAUCUCCACUGCAGGGACCGAGGCCUCCGGCACCGGAAACAUGAAAUUCAUGCUGAACGGCGCUCUGACCAUUGGCACCAUGGAUGGAGCCAAUGUGGAGAUGGCAGAGGAGGCUGGAGAGGAAAACCUCUUCAUCUUCGGCAUGAGGGUGGAUGACGUGGAGGCUCUGGACAAGAAAGGUUAUGACGCCAUGUCGUACUACAACCGGAUCCCAGAGCUGAAGCAGGCGGUGGACCAGAUCUCAGGAGGCUUCUUCAGUCCAGACCAUCCGGGCCUUUUUAAAGACCUGGUCAACAUGCUGAUGCACCAUGACAGGUUUAAGGUGUUUGCAGACUAUGAAGAUUACAUCCAGUGUCAGGAUAAGGUCAGCGCUCUCUACAAGGACACCAAAGCCUGGACCAAGAAGGUCAUCCACAACAUCGCCGGCUGUGGCAAAUUUUCCAGCGACCGCACCAUCUCCCAGUACGCCCGGGAGAUUUGGGGCAUGGAGCCAAAUUUGGAGAAGAUUGCUGCCCCGGACGACCCUCGCUAAACCGCCGGACGUGGCCGCGUGGGACGCCGCGCCCUGUAGCUCCUCCCUGCACUGUGGAGUCCCUCCUGCUUCCUUAGCCUCCAUCCUGCCUUCCUCUUCGUCAUGCUUUACCACAUCUUUGGUGACAAAGAUUUACGUAGAAGUUUUACAGAUGUUUUCCGUGCUCCAGUUAUCAAACUCACUGCUGAACGAAACCUUUACAUGUCCACAUCCACGCGUCCAACCUAAACAUUUAAAGCGUUAGCUGCUGUAGAGGUCUAGAUUGGUCUAAGUCAUGACUUUGUUUGAUUCCAGUGAUGCUUCAUGGAUCUGUUCUACUUUGAGGUUUCAGACACUCGUCUCUGGCAUUCCUCCUUAACAAAAGGCAGCAGAAAUCCAAACCAGCGUGUUUUAACCGUUCCACAUCUGUCGGGGUGAAAGGCAGACAUUCCUCCACGUUUGCAGCUCCUUCAUCCCCAACGUCAUGUUUCAUAGAUUCUCCACUGUUGUACCUGUUUGAAGGUGUUAAAGGAAUGUAUUUGUGUCCAUUAAGAUUAUUGUUGGUUCUAGUGGAGUGCCUGAAUGCUAAUGUACGCUCAGUUGUGAUGUCUGUAGCAUGUUUGUGUGUCUUCUUCAUUCAUGUUUCUUGUCUAAUUCUCUAAAGUGACCUAGAAAGAACGUUUUCUCUGCCUACAAAGAAAAAUGAUCUAACUUUGGAAAUUAGUCAGGCCUGAUACUGAUACUGCACUGUGACGUGUUGAUGCUCUGUAGCGCCAUCUGGUGGUUCUGCUGCUGCUCCCACCUCUGACUGUAGAAGGCCAGCAGCAGCACAACCUGCUGCCUCAGUGUCAGGGCUUUUAUUUUGAAAAAUAAAGCUGCAAUGAUCCAAC